GUCCAGUUUGUUUGGGUCCUCCUCCUCCGGGCUAACGUUAGCUAGCUGCUCUGCUUCUGCGGCCGCACCUUCACCAGCUGUCCGAGGAGAUGAAGAAGCUAUUCGAUGACAUCAAGAAGGACAUUAAGUUUAAAACAGCGGGGCCCGGAAAGAAACUAACAGCUCCAACCACCAGGCCCGAGGCGGUGCAGAGCAGCUCCGGGGCCAAACACCACCGCCAUGCUCCCACUGAGGGGGCCCAGCGGGCCGGGGCCGCGGCUCUGGCCCGGAUCGACCAGCAGCCCCGGCCCAAGGUCCACACCUCCCAGGACCACAUCAGGAACCAGGUUAAAAGAGAACUAGAGGCGGUGGCACUGGCUGAGAAGGAUAAAGCAGCGACAGCAGAGGGAUCCAACGUGCCAGUGAAAGAUCCCACCUGUCUCUCUGUGUCAGCUGUGUAUUUCACCUGUCCACUAACUGGAGCCACUUUAACUAAGAGUGAGAGGGAGGUACACAUUAAGGAGGCCAUUUUUAUGCGGUUUGAGGAGGAUGCAGUUGAGGCGUCUGUCAUGAUGGUCCACACAUUUAACAAAGACAGAGAGAAAGUGAAGGCUGCUGUGGACAUCAUAAGCAAGUAUGUGGAUAAUAUAUGCAAGUGUCCCACAGAGGAGAAAUACAGGAAGAUUAAACUCAGCAACAAGGUGUUCCAGGAGAAAGUGCGUUCCUUGGAGGGCACCAGAGAGUUCCUGGAGGCCCUGGGCUUCACAAGUAUUAUGCUCCCUAUAGAGGGUCAAGAGGAGGAAGAGGAGUUCCUGGUGCUACCACAAGAGAGUCCUGAGGGCCUGGAAUUGAUGAAGGAGAGAAGGGAUCGACUCCAGAGAGGCGAGCCAGUCAGAGCUCAGCUGGACAGACAGCCCCAAGCUUUCAGACCCUCUCCCAACGCCCAACGCUUCGAUCUGCCGUCAGAAUUUUACAACUUGACAGCAGAGGAGCUCAAGAAAGAGCAACAGCAGAGGAGUGAUUUGGUGGAGAAGAACGCCAUGAUGCGCACAAAAGCCAUGAGGGAGAGAGAGGAGCAGAGGGAGAGAAGGAAAUACAACUACAGCCUUCUCAGGAUCAGACUGCCUGAUGGAAACCUGCUGCAGGGCAUAUUUUAUGCGUGGGACCGUGUGUCUGUGUUGUUUGGGUUUGUUCGGGAGUCCCUGGUGGACGGCUGGCAGCCCUUUGAGCUCAUUGCACCCGGAGGUGUCAAACUACAAGAGGCAGAGGAAGUGGCGCUGGCAGAACAUAACUUGGUCCCUGCAGCUCUGCUCACCUUCUCCUGGGAUGCAGCCGUGCAGGCAGAUAUCGCAGCUGCAGGUGGAGAGAGCCCCUCCCUUCUCAAACCGGGGCUGCUGGAAACCAUUCAGACUCUGAACUGAGCAGACGUAUUCUGUCCCCAAACUCUUUCCUGCUAUGACCCUCCCUGGCACUACAGGGGGUGAAGUUACUCCUUCCAAAACGACUAGUGAUGAGUGUUACUAGCUUAAGUCAGUAGCAGCGAUAGACAAGGGGCAACUUCGCCCCGAUGCACUUGUUUUGCUGAGCGCAACCCUUCUCUCGUCACUGUGGGGUAAAUGUCCCCCCUACAGUGUGUCUCAGCAACACAUUCUGCUGAAGCACCAUUAAGACAUCUAAGAAGAAAGCAAAGGACGAGUGUGGUUAGUAAUGCAUCCCGAUUGUACAUGCUGUGUAGUGAACAGACUGUGGCAGCAGUCGUUUGUGCUCUACCCUACAGUCAACCUGUCAGGUAUACUUCUCGUGGCAUGUGGAGAGACCUUGUUUUAACUGUUGGCACUUCCCCCUCUGUUCCUUUUUGAUGUCUUCAAAGUUUUUAGUUCAUCUUGCUUCCAACUGUUGAAUCAGGAAACUAGAAUAGCCCAGACCCAACAGCCCCCUUAAAGCUAGGGUUGGUAAUCCUGGAAAAGCUAGCAGGCACAAGCUACACUUUGGGAAAAAAUGCAAUCUAUACAUCCCACUCCCUCCCAUCGGCCCUCUUGUUGAAGCUACGCCUCCAAAUUACUCUUCUAUUGUGCGACAGAUGCAAAAAAUUAAGAGAUAAAUAAUACCUCCUGGUGAAAAAGCGGUGACACACGCGUAGAAGACCGAUGUCAAGAGAGUUUGUGGUUUUAAGAGCUUUGUGUUGUAAUGACAAUUGUGUGAUCCCAGCAACAGAAUUAAAACACCAUUUCCUGCCUCCGCCUGCUGCUCCACAUCUGCCUGAAUACUCGGAGGAUUUCAUGGGUUCUUCCCUGACCCAUAUCACAUUGUUCCACCGAGUUUCAUGGAAAUCCGUUAAGUUAUUUGUGUGUAAUGUUGCUUACAAAGAAAUACACCAAGACCGACAGUUGUGAAGACAUAACCUCAGUGACGUAGGGCUGGUCGGAUACAUCUUUAGUAUCUCAGCCUCUACAGCAGCUCUUGUGAUUCAGCUUGUUGUCAUUGCACUGGCCUCUUUCAAGACUGUGUGACGCUUUGUUUGGCAGUGGGUUCGCUCAGUGUUUAAUCCGUCAGAUUUGGUGAGAUAACAAGUCUCUCUCUGUAAACACACACAAGCUUCUGUUGCUCUUCUUGUCCUCUGCAGCGGCGUCACACUCCUCAGUGCUGUACUAGUUUUUUGUGGUUGCUUACAUAUGAACAUAAAAGCCCAGAUCAUCAAACAUGUUUUCAGGAUGGUUUGACUUACAACUGAGGUCCAAAGCUGGACCUCAAAAAAUGUUUAUUUAACCCCUCACACUAAGUUUUUAGUGUGCAUUCAAUUCUAAUACCAAAAUAUUUAAUCUGAUCUGUUUGGAAGACUUAGUUUAAAAUUCCCCUGGCGAUUUAAUAGUUUAACUGCAAAAGCCUCGAUCUAACAAUGUUCUGUCUUGAGUCAUGAAUUACAGUGCUGAUAAAAGUGGCUUCCGGUCAUCAAGGGGUGGUUUGUUUGUAUUUGUUUGUAUCAAACACAUUUAAUUCAGAUUAAAAGGUUUAUUCUUCAAACAGUGGUAUUGGUAACAUUUCACUGAAUCCACAUGUGGAGUAAAUGCAACUAAAGUUUACCCCAAAUGUUAGUUCUAUCUUUUAGAUCCACCUUUUUGUCAGGAGUUUUUGUUAUGUUUGUUAGUUGAAUAUAUAUCUGUUAAACCUGUACAAGCCAAUUAGUUUUUCCUGCUUGUGGUUGGUUAAGAUGACAACUACCUACCUCUCACCACACAUCUCCAGGGAGUCAUAAACAAACAUAGAUCCUAAACAGGUUGAACUCUUGUCACCACCUUCAACCUGUACCACUGUACCAAACACACAUUAACUUCUACCUGCCAUGUUAAUGUCAAGGAUUUGUUUUUUUGUUUAGUUUGAGGGCGGGUCCGCCGUGAGCAGGAGUUCGGCACUCCACCGGUUUCAAUGGAAGGGUGCAAAUGUGUUCUUAGCAGUGUAACUUUAUUAAAACACUUAGCGGGCAGAUGUGAUCUAUCCAGAUGUUCUGAGUUGUGUUCUGUUGCGAUUCUAACCUGCCUGUAUUAAAGAUUGCUUGCACUGCAUCUUGUUUUUCAAAA